UUUUACACUUGUGCUAUUGUAUUAUUGUAAAAUUAGUUCAAAUAAAAUAGGUUCAUAAGUUUUUCAGUCAAUUUUCAACAAAAUCACACACAAUAACUUUUUCAAUUUUCAACAAAAUCACACACAAUAACACAAACAACUGUGCGUCAAAAAAAUAAAAAAUAAAAAAUAAAAAAACACACACAAAUAACUGAAUAAGAUAAUUUUUAUAUUAAGUUCACAAAAAAGAUAGAGAUAAAAAUAAAUUAGAUAAGUUUUUAGUUAAAAUAAUUUUAGAUAAAAUUUGUUUAAUCACUAAAAAAAAAUGUAAACUUGUAUGAAUUUUGGUCGGCCCAAUUAGAACACCGGCAAACUCUUUACUAGUCAAACAAACAGAGUGUUGUUGUUCAGUCAAAAUUACCGGGAGAUAUAGAGCUACUCGUUUCCAAAAAUUAAGGAACUGCAACAAUGAGUUCUGGACAGAACCAGAAGUCUAGUAUUGACCAUUCCCUCUCAUUUGAAGAUGUCUUCAAGCUAUUCUCUUUGCCCCUCUCUGAGGCAGCUGACAUUCUUGGUGUCUCCACGAGUGUUCUAAAGAAAAUAUGCAACGAGAAUGGUCUUGAGAGAUGGCCACACCGCAAGUAUCUUGCUGGAAAGAGCAUUGAAGACAUAAAGAAGGAAGCCGCUAAAGAGAAAAAUAAAGCACUGAGAGGAGUUUCAUCAAAGAGCAAUGUGACAACCCCUUCAAUCACAACUUCUAUCCCUGGCUCUCUUGCCAAGGAUAAUAAGAAUCCUAAAUCUACUCCUGAUAUUUCAAAGUCGCUAGGUAACAAUGCACAGCAGAAGCAAGGAAGCAAGACUGUGGCCACUUGGCAGUCCCAGCAUAUGUUUGCUUCUGGUUUGGCAAUAGAAACCAGCGCCUCAUUAGACGAGUUCAAAUAUGGAUUCCCAUCAGCUGGUUUAUCAGAGUGCAGUAACAGAUGGUGGGGAAGUAGUAUUGAUAGUAAUGAUGGAGUAUCGAAGGAUGAAGACACAAAAACCAGCUCUGAAGUGAAAGACGCCUCCAAGGUACAAGUGGAUGAUAGUGCUAGCAUGUGCGAGGAGAGAACUGACAGCAUGGAGGAGGAUUCCAAGAGUGAUAAGCAGAAUGAAAUUUUAUUAUCAGCUACGAGGAAACGAGCUCUGGAGGAAGGAAAGAAGGCGCUAAACUUUAGUGUUUUGAAGAAAUAUGGGGCUGAUAAGCUGAGAAACGAAGAGAAGAUAUUGCUGCGUCGAUUAUAUCAAACAAGUUAAAAUCCUUAGUUAAGGAAAGUAGUUAAAAGGAAAGCUUCUUUAUUGCCUUCCAAGCAGUGUACUAGAACAUGGCUGUGUUUGUCAAUGGCAUAUCACUGUAACCUGAUUUAGAACUUCAAAAUUUGGCAUUCUGUAUUCAAGUUUUUGCUGGGCUUUCAGAAAUUGUGAUUCGGAAUUCACGAACCACUAGUACAACUCACUGGCAAA